UGUCGGUCUGUCAAGUCAAGUGCAAAGUGCAAGUGUCAACUUUUCUGCCUAGCCUAAUGUCUGUCAUCGCAACUGAGAUAUAAUGCUAGAAAUGUUAUGUUCCUGCUCAAAUUCUGUUACAACUUAAAAGCUAAAGUUACUCAAUUUGAGUUAACUAAAGUAAGAUUGUUAAAGCCUAGCUUAAACUCAUAUUUAAGCUCAUCUGAUCCGACUCGGACUGUCAUCAAGGUUUUCGGAACGUAAAUUGGUUAGAUUUCAUGAGUUUGAGUGUUAUUUAUUAUUUGAUUAAAGUAAUAACAGUGAAAUAACUUAAGCAUGGAAUCAGCGAAUUUUUAAAUUAGUUUUUCUUUAACACAACCUGUCAAAAGUGCCAUAGAAGCUGUGUAAUGUUUAUUUAAUGGUUAAUUCAAUUCAUUUAGGGAAAACCCAUUACAGCAUCCUAUUUACAGUAAUAAAACAACAGCUCAAAUGUAAGGCUUUCGCUUAGUUUGAAAAUGGCUGGAGUUUUUGCCAGAGGCGAUAAAAGAUUUUCAAUUGAUUUUGCUUUCGAAGAGGAAAAUGAUGAGGCUAUUAAAAUAUAUGGCUCGACGACUGAAAGAUCACCUCUUAAACCUAAAAAUCGAAGUAUAACUUCAGAUGAAAGUAUUAUUGUCCAAAUUGAUGAUCCUAACCAUCGUUCUCACUCCACAAGGUUAACUUUUGCUGAGGAUACAUUAUCAAGAGACAGUGACUCCUUGAUACAUGAUGGAGGUUACCACACAGGAUUUUUCGAUCCUUCCCAAGCUUGCUGGCAUCAUCCAAAAGUCAAAGAAAACUGGAAGAUGGUUUUAGCAGCAGUUAAUUUGUUAAUAGUUGGAAUAGGUUUGUUAUUAACAAGCGUCGUAGUAAUCUUCAUGCCCAACACGGGACUUCAAGGUUUUGUAUUCUUUCUUGCCGGCUGCAUUUGCUUCAUACCAGGAGCCUACCAUGUAGUUUAUAUUUAUCUUGCUGUCAAAGGAAAACAAGGGUAUGACUUUUAUCACUUGCCCUUGUUCAACUAAAAUGUUUAUUAUUUACUUCUUUCUGAUGAUGUAUUUAUAAACGCCCUCUUCCAUUUUAUGUUUAUUUUGUGUACAUUUUUAGUUUUAGGAUGUGGAUGCUGUGAAUUUCAAACCAUCCAAAAAAUUAUAAUAAGCAAAGAGUCUUGAUUACAUGUCCAGAGUAAAUAUAAUCUUUUAUGCUGAACUCAAUGCCGCAAUCUGUUUUUUGUUAUCAAGCUUUCUUGAUGAAAUAUUACAAUUAUUUUACUUAAAAUGUCAAUAUUUCAAAAACCCAAUAUGAAAAUGGAAAACGAAGUGCGGCAUUAAGUUCAGCAUUAAAAAAAUAGUCCAAAAUAAUGGAUCAAAACACCACCUUCAUAUUUAAAAAAAAUUAUCUAAUUUCAAAAUGGCGGAUCCAAGAUGGCAGCCGAAAAAAAUGCAUGCGUCAUAACCAAGUUAAAAUAGGUCGACAAUGAAUGGUGGUGUAUACUUAACUUUAUCUAGCACUAUUUUGAGAUUAUGGUCUUAGUUUGUAAAUGCACAAUAUUAAAAAUAAAGUCAUAACAAUUUCUCAUAACUUUGGAAUGGAUUAAGAUUUUUGUAAACGGAUUGCAGCAUCGUACUCAUCGUAAAAUUCUAGCUUGAAUUGAUGGGUCACUUCCCUACCUUUACAUUUGAAAAAAAUGGCCUAUCCAAUAUGGUGGAUCCAAGAUGGCGGCCAAAAAUUUAUACCCAGUCAAAAUAAAGUACUUACUACUCUACAAUGAUCUGACGUGGCCCGGAGUUGAUAGAUAUCUUAAGAAAUGUAGAAAAAAGUAGGGGGGGAACUCAUUUAAAACUCACCCUGUAUAUUUAGUCUUAGAAUCAUUAAUUAUUGUAAGUCAUACUUUUUUCAGUAGCCUAUUUGAAACUAAUAUUUAGUGAGGUCCAUCAAAUUUUGUGUUUUACCAUUAACACAAAACCAUCAAAAAUUUUUUGAGUUUUUACUUUUGGGAGGUAUUCUUCCAGGGCUAUAUUAAAUAAUAGGGGGGGGGGGGGAGAGCCCAUUACCUUGUCUAAAUCCUGUACCAACAUAAAAAUAUUUAGAUACUACUUCACCUUCUACCUUGACUGUACAUUUUGAAUCUAUAUUACACCUGGACUGGACAAUCAAAUUUCAGUAAAACUCCAAUAUCCGGCCUACGUGGGACCUACCCCCUGGCGGGAUAAACCAAUCUAUUAUUAAAGCAAUAAUGUGUAUCUUACUAAUAACAACUUGUGAUUGGUUAAAAUAAAAGUUGUGUUUACGUAUCUUUUUGGAAUCUAGUAGCUCAAUUGAGAAGUGAACCCCCGUAAAAUGUAUAUGAACUGGAAACAGAAAAACCGUGAAAACGCUCAAAUCAUGGAGAUGUAAUCAAAAAUGUAAUGUAAAAAAGAAAUAUUUUUGGUAUCGAUUUCGGGAAGUGACUGGAUAAACCGAGGACCGAAAAUUCUGAGGCCGGAUAUCAGGGCGUUCUACUGUAGUUUUCUUGGUAUCCUGAAACUCUAAUAUUUCCCAUAUACGCUGUCUGUAAAGACUGCCAUACGCUUUACAAUUUUCUACAGUCCUCAUCAAACAAGGGUUUGUUUUUCCUUUGUCCAAUCAGUUCCAGUGCACACUCUUGAAUUGAAUAUUUUAUGCAGCUCCAUUGGCUUUCUCUGUUUCCUGUAGCUUGUUCCUCUUGAAAGUUUUUAAAACUUGGUUUUCAUAUUAAUUUUAAAUUCUUGUGCUGUGUAUAUACCUCUUUGAUUUUCUUUGUAUCGGUUACUUGCACUGUCUCGCUCUUCCUCCUUUUUCUACUCCUACGAUUACCUUGGCCUACGAUAACCAAAACUAGACAAUGAUCUCAUCCACUCAGCAACAUAACAAAAGGAUCAAUAUUUAUUUUACAGAACUACGGUAUUUUGUUAUAAUUGUUUAUAUCUGGUAGACAAUUUUGUAUAAGUGCAUAUGGAAAUUCUAGAAUAAGCUUAUUAUGUAGAAUAUUCAUCCAUAUAAGCUAUGAUGAAUUUAGUAAGCAUUGUACAUAAUGAUAUUAUAGUUUUAAUGGUAAACUUUGUUCUCAAGGUACCAUACACUAAACUGGUCUCUAAUUUUAAUUAUACUUAACAUACCACCAAGCAUAAUUACAAACUGCAACUAAGGUUUUUUAAGCUGUAUAUUUGUAACUGUAUAUUUUACAGAAACAAUCUUCGUGUGUCAUCGGUAGCCAAGACUGAUUUUGUUAUAUUGUUUUUGCUCAUAGUUAUUUAUUAUUCUCAUCACAGUUCCUUAUAUCAAGGCAACUAGUGUUAAAGCAAAAGAUUUAAAAGAUGUAGGUAUAAUGGAACUUAGAUAAUUCAAACACCAAGGGACAAGUAAAAUAAUUUACACAAUCCACAUAUUUCUUGGAUAUACUUAAAUGUUUCAAAUAUUUGAAACUGAAACAAGAUAAGUUUGGUAAUUAAGGGGUUUGAAAUUUGAAAAGGCAGUUUCCCUUUGCUUUGCCUGAUGAUGGUGGCAUUGCUUGUUAGGUGCAAACAGUUUCUAAACUUGGACAACAAAUUUGAAUCUGUAUUAGAACAGCAUGUGUAGAGAUUCAGUGUGAACAAACAACAAGUCAGUGAUGUAAAAAAACGAGAGUUGGCACUUUGCAGAGUAUCCCACAUCUACAUCCAAUUCACACAUAAACUCCAAUAACGACAACCAAGCGUCUUACUUUGUAGAUCAGAGUCAUAUUUCACUUCAUAACCUGUUCGACCAGAGCCAACAGUGAAAUCGUUCGGGGUUCACGAAUCUGGUGUAAGAUUGCAAUAGUGAUUCGAACGAGACCGAUUUGAAAAAUGCAAGACACGUACUAGUUGAUUUACAUAGCUAAAACCAAUGGUGUGCAAGACGGUGCACCGGGUGAAGUGUCCGACCACGCGCCGUGAACUUUUGGCGGUUGCUGGUGGACAAUUAUGGGUGGUGAAGGGGAGAAAGCAUUGACCUUGACUGAGUUAUGUGGUUUGCAUUACUGAUUCUUAUUGUAAAAUCCCUAAUUAUUGACAACAUUUAAAUUACUCAUAAGAUUUUGACAUUUACUAUAUUUAUUAGUUCUGGGAAUGAGUAAAAAAGAAUUUACUGUAAAGAAAAUAUUGUAUCAAGAAUGUUGAAAAUAGUAAGUUCCACUGUACAAUACUCAGUGUUGGUAAUAAUAUCGACUUUCUAAACACAGCUUCAAUAUUUUAUAGUCAAAUAAAAUGAUUCAAUUUACAAAUAAUGCAUAAAUGCUAUUGUAGCAUUAACUUGAGUAAAUUUUUAAGUAAAUCUUUUUUUUUGAAUAUUCUGUCUAGUUACGGUAGUUAUCUUAACCGGCAUUAAAAUGAGUUUCAGACCAUGGAAGAGGGUGAUAAUCCCGUAUAGUUAUAAGCUAAUUUAUUUUGUGCUACCUAAAUAUUGCGUGGGACACUCACAAACAUUUUCUAUGCCAUAUACUUAGUAUAGUUUUGUACUGAGCACAUUUGUGAUAUAGACUAUGUGUUUCAUGAUCUCUGUGCAAUAUUAAAAACAUUAUUUUUCUGUU